GGCGACUCACGAAUCGCAAAAAUCCACCGUGGCCUGACAAAAAUUGAGUUGAUGAAGCGUCGCAGGUCUGCACUCCCAAAUGUGCGAACUUCUCUGUUCCACAUUUGAAGAACGCAGGCGUUUCCAGCGGCUGCACUCCACACGAGCACUUGUUUUCGGAGGCCGCCUUUCAGCAUCCGGGCAAUAUUUGCCAAAAAGUGGUGGGUGCAUGUCAACAUCCCGGUCUGGGCGUCCUUGUCCAAACUCGAGGGUGACAAAGUUGAUGCCAUAUUGCAAACAGUGUAUGAAGAAUGGUGAUCCAUCCUUGCGUGCUGUCAAGCAUCCACGCUUUGGAAAGAUCCUCAUUGCCACUCGCGAUUUGCCCAAAGGCUAUUAUGCAGCAUGGUGGGGCAAGCUCUGCCAAAAGAAAAAGAUACCUUACAAGCGCAUGGAGUGGGCUCUAGAAACCAGCAAGGGCAUGGUGGAUGCUGUGCCCUACAAAGGGUCCCUGCUCAAGUACUGUGCUUGCCCAGGUCCAAGCGAGCUCCCAACCAUUGACUUUGCCCCCAACAGUGAUGUACUGCUGAAGAGUGGGGAAAAGUUGGCUGCCGUCAUUUUUCGAACAUUGCAACCAAUUCCUCGGAACUGGCAGGUUGAUAUGAUGUACAACAAGGAUGAGAAGAGCACCGAUGAGUUUUUUGAAGAGCGUGGGCUUAUCCGUGGGGAUGUUGGAACAAAAAGAUACCCAGCACUCCGGAAAAAGACGGCUGAGAAACCUACAUUGAUGAAGCAGAUGAGGAUACAGAUGAAGGUCUUGAAGACAAAUACGGCUAAGGGAUCCACUAAGGCUAAGGGUUCUUCCAAAGGUAGUAAAGACAAGAAAGUUAAGGGCAAAGUUGGCAAAGCUCGGUGAUGCAGUUGGAUUGGCAAAGACGAUGGGAGCGAUUCAAGGCAGCCAGCCGGCAGCCAGUUUUGUCAUGUCACCAACUCGAAGAACUUGGGCUGAUUUGGUCAUUGAACAUCAUUGAAUGCUCGAGUCCUUGAAACUGCUCUUAGCAGUUUCGCCGGGAAACCUGGCGGGGAAAAUCAGGUUCCAUAUCGAAUACUUGAUUGGGACUUUCAAUGUGCCGAGUUUGUUGCCGCGUUUGAAUGCUCACUUCAG